AUGCAGCAUCAAACCCGAGCUACAUCCACAGACUGGCCCACCUUGAGGGCUGAGCUGCAGAAGUGGAAGAACUACGUGGCAAAGCAGUACAAAGAGUAUGAAGAGUACGUCCUGUACUGGCGAGAUUAUCAAGGUUCCCUGUGCUCCCUUCAUGAAGAACCGUACGAAUUCCAAUUCAUGAGCGACUAUCAAGUUGAAUUGAUUCUCCAGUCAGUUGGGAUUGUGAAAGAUGAGGUUGUCAUGCAGACGAAAGUUGAGAAAGAAACAGUGGGCUGGUCACACCUCGGGUUGUACUUCGACACUAUCGUCAAUGAACACCUCCGCGACGGUUUCACAGCAUGUUACCGAAGUGCAUCCGGAGGUCUCCGCAAACUCGAUAACACCUCCCAGAGUUUGGAAGAUUUCCGGUCAGAUGCUCUGAAGCUCAAUCGAAGCAGCUCUGUGCUGAACUUCCGCAUCAUGCUCCGGCGGGACAACACAAGAUGGACACUGUGGGCUCGUGGCCAGGAGCAGCUGCUAAGCUGUUCUCUGUCGCCCGGAGAGCUGACCAUGGAAUUCGUCGGUAAAUGGCAGGACGACGAGAACAUCGGCAGGGUUCAGUACUUCAAGAAUCUUGUGGGUCAUUGGGUCCCGCUCUCCGAUGCUUCGAUAUCUGAGUUCAGGCAAGUAUCCUUUGAGAAAUCACCCAGCUCAGAUUUGGACAUCGAGUUCCGGCUUUGGACGGGCAUCCGCCAAGCUGUCGAGGAUACAGCUUUAAAGAGUCUGGAAUUGCAGCCCAGAGACUACUCUCUGAAGUUUGAGGACGAGCAGCCGUUUAACCUCGAUUCCUUCUUUGAUUAUGCCCAGCGUAAAGCAGAUAACAACGCAUAUUGGUCUGGCAGCACCGUCCUGGACUACAAGGUGAUCUUGACACGCCUGACAAACUAG